AUGGCGAAAACAUCUCGUAGUAGUAAGGUUCUGCCUCAAAACAUGACCAUUCCAGCUUCAAAUGUCAAGGAAAAUGGUAAAACGUUUCCAGUUGGAAACAAAAAUGGUGAUGUCAGAAUUACCUCCCCUUGCAACUCCAGGCCAGGGACAGCCAACUCGAGCACUCGGAAAUCAGCAUGGGACAGAGCUCGAGAAAAAUACAAAGAGCAACAAGAACAAGUGAAACGCUCAUCAAAGGUGUCACCUAUCGUAGGGGAUGACAGUGUGACUGGCAAGCAAUACAUCAGCCUUGAUGCUGUUAUCAGUGUGUUCAAAUCAAAAAGAUUCACAGAUAUCCAGCUGGAAUGGCUUUUUCAGAGAUAUUUCUUCAAAUUGAAUCAGACUAACUUAUCAAUAUUGAUGGCACUUUUCUGUGUAACAUGUGUUCUCUCGAUAAUUUCUUACUACAUAGGUGGAGCCACAUUACCUGCAAGGGGAGUUAACCUAGGUAUUGCCCUUGUGACGUUUGUAGUGCUAGAGGUUGUUUGUAACCGGGGUACGUUUUUUCAGCAGCAGAUGGUUGUGAUAUGCUAUAUAAAUCUGGUGCUACUCAGCGAGUUUGUGGUUCUUAUGUGUUUAGAUACCGAUCCUGCGUCUGCUACCGAUUCGGCUUGGAGCACCAUCAUCUUCAUUUACAUGCUUUAUACCCUUCUUCCAAUCAGAAUGAGGCUGGCUGUCAUCAGUGGAUUGGGAAUGUCUGUACUACAGAUUGUCUGCUCAAUUGCUAAAAAUUACUCCGAUGUCUUUCUAUGGAAACAGGUUGUUGCCAACACAUUUGUGUUUAUUUGCGCAAACAUUGCGGGAAUAUUCACACACUAUCCUACGGAAGUUGCCCAGCGCCAGGCUUUCUUGGAGACACGUAAAUGUAUCGAGGCCAGGCUGACAACACAGCGUGAAAACCAAGAACAGGAACGACUUCUACUGUCAGUUUUGCCCCGCCACGUUGCCAUGGAAAUGAAAGCAGAUAUUGCAGGGAAACCAAAGGAUACCAUGUUCCAUAAAAUCUAUAUCCAGCGCCAUGAGAAUGUAAGUAUCCUGUUUGCGGACAUGUGUGGAUUUACACAGCUUUCCUCUCAAUGUACGGCGCAAGAACUUGUCCAGCUACUCAAUGAACUAUUUGCACGAUUUGACCGCUUAGCUGCAGACAACCAUUGCCUGCGAAUCAAGAUCUUGGGUGACUGUUACUACUGUGUUAGUGGGUUGCCUGAUCCUCGCCCUGACCACGCCCACUGCUGUGUGGAGAUGGGACUGGACAUGAUACAGGCCAUCUCAUUAGUUAGAGAUGUAACUGGAGCUGAUGUAAAUAUGAGAGUAGGGAUCCACAGUGGGCGUGUCCAUUGUGGUGUCCUGGGACUCCGCAAAUGGCAGUUUGAUGUCUGGUCUAAUGAUGUCACCCUGGCUAAUACCAUGGAAGCAGGGGGCGUACCAGGUUUGGUACACAUAACAGAGGAAACACUCGGCUUCCUAAACGAUUGCUAUGAUGUGGAGCCUGGCAAUGGUGGCGACAGAAACACAUAUCUCCGUGACAACAAAAUCACCACUUACCUGAUCCGUGGAGAUCAGCAGAGAAUUAAGGAAAAGCCAAAAGUCUCCCCCAAGAAAUCUGCCAGGGGACGGCCAAACCAGGGAGUAGAAAAAAGUGCUGCAGCCAAGAGGAUGGGCUUUGAUGAUGAUCCCAAUGCCAAUAUACACCAGAAGUUAGGGUUUGGGGAUCACUUUGAGUCCAAAAACCCAGAAGAUGAAGUGAACGAGUAUCUGGGACGUGCCAUUGAUGCACGAAGCAUAGAGAAGCUACGGUCAGACCAUGUCACAACGUUCUUACUGACCUUCCGAAAGAAAGAUUUGGAGGAGAAGUAUUCGAAGGUGCGGGACACCAUGUUUACUUCACAUCUAUGCUGUACGUUACUGAUGCUGAUGUGUAUAGCUGUAAUACAACUUGUCAUUCUUUAUCAAUCAACAGUUCUAGCAAUAUUUUUUCCAUUAUGUUUCAUCAUUGUCAUCAUUCUGUUUCUCUUAGUACUGUCAGAGUCAUCACAGUACAUGCCUAAAGGACUGCGGUCAGCAGCCACUAAGAUUGCAGUCAAUAAGUGGUUAAACCAACUUGUGACCACGCUGGCCGUCUCCAUUCUCUUUGUGGCAUCUAUAUUUGCCAUGUUUUUCCUUGGAACCACAAGUUACAUUGAAUGUCUUUCAUCCUACUACGGCGCAUCUCCCUCAAGUUUCAACUUAAGCUUGGUACAUUUGGCUAAUAUCACACGAGCAUCAGAAACUAAUAUUUGUCACCAAUCAGACGCGACAACACAUUUCCCUGAACACUUUACAUUCUGUGUUAUGCUGGCUAUGAUUGGCUGUGCAGUAUACGUACAAGCCAGUAGUGUGUUCAAGCUUAUAGUAUUGCUUGUAAUGUUACUAGUGUACUGUAUUUUAGUGGAAGUGUUCUUUGUAAAUUUGUAUGACAAUCGGGAUUUACUAUUGGUCGCAGAAAGUGGGAAGGAGCUGGGUGACCCUGUUUCGUUUAUCCCUCUGAAGUGGGAGACGGUCGCUGUACUUGUGGUGCUGGUUGGAAUUCUUUUUGUACAAACACAACAGGUGGAAUCUACUUCCAGAUUGGAUUUUCUCUGGAAAGUACAGGCAACGGAUGAGAAAGAAGAAAUGGAAAGCCUUCGAGCCUAUAAUAAGAGGCUUGUAACAAACAUCCUUCCUAUUAAUGUCGCAGAACACUUCAUGAAAAAUACUUACAAAAAGGAUGAGGACUUGUACUACAUGGAUUCAGAGAACUCGUGUAUCAUGUUUGCAUCCAUCACUAACUUUUCCGAGUUCUACAUGGAGUUGGAGGGAAACAAUGAGGGUGUAGAGUGUCUGCGUCUCCUCAAUGAAAUCAUCGCUGACUUUGAUGAGGUACUUGGUGACGAGAAAUUUGGGUGUAUCGAGAAGAUCAAGACCAUUGGAUCAACCUAUAUGGCUGCAUCUGGACUCACACCACAGACUAACUUCUCUGAUAUGAGUCACGUUAUUGCUCUGGCGGAAUAUGCCUUCGCUAUUCAGGCACAACUGCAUUAUGUCAAUGAGCAUUCCUUCAACAACUUCAAAAUCAGAAUUGGAAUGAACGUGGGACCUGUUGUAAGCGGCGUGAUUGGUGCUCGCAAGCCUCAUUAUGACAUCUGGGGGAACAGUGUAAAUGUAGCCAGUCGAAUGGACAGUACAGGGCUACCUAACUGCAUACAGGUAACACAGGACAUGUACAACAUUCUUUCUGUCCGAGGAUAUGAACUCAAGUGUCGCGGCAUAGUCAAAGUCAAGGGCAAAGGGGAUAUGACUACGUACUUCCUGACCGGACGUCCAGAUGGCAAAAGUCACAAAGUCAUGCAAACAUAA